UUGACAUAAUUGGAAAAUGACAAAAAGAAAAAAAGAAGGUAGACGAAGAGGAUCUCCUUCUUCUUCUUCCUUCUUUCAAACCACAAUUAUUUUCUCAAGAGUUAAUUAUAAUCAAUAAUCUAAUACCCUUUUUCUCAUUUGUUUUAUUACUAAACUCUUUUAAUUAUCUUUCUUUGGAAGAAUAUCAAGAAACAGAGAUCAUUUCUGCAACCAUACUAUCAGCAUGUGCGUUAGUACAAAUAGAUAGAGUAGACAUUUCAGUUUCAUGAGAAGUGUCUACCAAUGUUGGCACAGGAACUGAAGUUCAGAAAGUUUCGUUGAAAGUUUGCUUAUGUCCCUGCUCUGAGCAAACACAAGUGGAACAUUUGGUUAUAUGGAAAAACUGAUAGGCCUUAGAAGAUGCGCAUUGGGAGGAAAAAAAGGGAGUUCAAACAGCUUUUUAUUUUAAAAGGUUCCUUGUGUCCCCGCUAGGAGCGAGGAUAUACAAUCCAAGGAGUUGGUUAUAUGGAAAAACUGCUAAUAAGCUUUGGAAGUUUAGGUUUUACAUGGACAAUCCUAAACUAGGAGUAAUCUCACCAUAGAAUGGUGUCUCCUUAUUCCUUAAUGAGAGUACUGAAGAAGAGAAAAUUUUAAAGGAUGACAAAAAGUAUCACAGAUCUAUGUUUUGUGAUGCUGACUGGGUUCCCAAGUGGUUCAUCUCAGCUCUUAAUUGGAAAUGGAAGAUGCAAAAGAUGUGAAGGAUAAUUCUGCCCAAGAAUCUGCUCCUGAACCUAAAGUUUCUGUUCCGGAGAAGGAUCAAUCACAUGGUGCAACUCUAACUAGGCAACAUAUGAAUGAAAUAUCAAACUCCGAAAUUCAGGAGUCAGCCGUCGAUACUUCUCAGCAUUCAAAAGAAUCUUUUGACAGAUUUCGGAUGGAAGAUAGUCAAACUCAUCCAACAGGAAGUUUAAUUUCAGCAUCUUCCAUUAAAUCUGAUGGAGCAGGCGACUUUUCAAAAACAGGAACUCUUCAAUCAGCUGUGCCAACAGUUCAGCAGGAAGCCUCACCUAAACUAGUAGAGGAUGUGAAAUCGUUGGAGCCUCCAACAGCUCUCUCAGAAGCCAGUCCAUCAUCUAUAUUGGAUGCAAAAGCAAGUGAUGUAUUGCAGCAAUUCGAUGGUGGUUCCAGUGGUGGUCUUUCGAAUCAUCCAAAAAAUACUGCAGACGGACCAACAGGAGAGAAAGAUGCUUCACCUUUAUUAACCAUGAAUUCAAAUUCAACAUCCCUAAAAGAGGAAAACCAAAAAGAAUCUUCUGAACAUAUUCAAUCUGAUAUUUUAGAAUUGGAAAACAAUAAUGCCUCAAUACUUCAGCAAGAUAAUUCUCCAAGUAUUACUCAUGUUUCUGCUGAUACACCUGCUUUAUCCACUCAAGAACAAAAACCUGAAAAUAAUAUUCAUGUAGAGGCACCUAACACUGGUCAGUCCCUAGCGAAGGCUUCCAAUCUCACAGUUGAGAUUCCCGAACCCAGUACCCAUUCUAAGCACCCUGAAAACUCUGAUAUUAACAGAGUUAAAAUCGACACUGCAGCACCUAUUGAAUCUGUAAAGCAAGCGGUUUCCAAAUUUGGAGGCAUUGUUGACUGGAAGGCUCAUCGUGUACAGAGUGUGGAGAGAAGGAAAGUUGUCGAUCAAGAACUAGCAAAAGUGCAGGAGAAGAUCCCAUCGUACAAGAAACAGUCUCAGGCUGCAGAAGAAGCAAAAAUGAUGGUAUUGAAGGAACUAGAUAGCACUAAAAGACUGAUAGAAGAGUUGAAGCUGAAUCUGGAGAGAGCACAAAUAGAAGAGCAACAAGCAAAACAGGACUCGGAACUUGCCAAGCUCAGGGUAGAAGAGAUGGAGCAAGGGAUUGCUGAUGAGGCUAGUAUCGCAGCCAAGGCACAGCUUGAAGUUGCUAAAGCCAGGCAUGUGGCAGCAGUUUCAGAGCUAAAAUCUGUGAAUUCUGAACUAGAAGAUCUUCAUAAAGAGUAUGACGUAUUGGUGUCAGAGAGAUAUGAUGCCAUGCAAAAAGCUGAGGAAGCGGUUUCUGCCUCAAAGAAAGUUGAGAAAGAAGUGGAGGAUUUGACUAUUGAGCUCAUCACUACAAAGGAAUCUUUGGAGGCUGCACAAGCUGCACAUCUGGAGGCAGAGGAACACAAAAUUGGAGCAGCAAUGGCAAGAGAUCAAGACACUCUAAAUUGGGAGAAAGAACUAAAGCAGGCAGAAGAGGAGCUUGAGAAGCAAAACCAACAAAUACUGUCUGCGAAGGAUCUCAAAGCAAAAUUAGACACUGCUUCAUCUUUGCUACUGGAUCUCAAAGCUGAAUUUGCUGCUUACAUGGAAUCAAAGAUGAAACAAGAGAUGGAUGAAGAAGGCAAUUUUGGCGAACUAUCAGAACCAGAGAAAAGAACUCAUGCCGAGAUACAAGCAGCGGUGGCCUUGGCUACACGGGAACUUGAAGAACUGAAACGCAAGAUUGAGAAAGCAACAGAUGAAGUAAAUUGCUUGAAGGUGGCCGCAACUUCAUUGAAGGAAGAAUUAGAAAAAGAAAAAUCAAAACUAGCUGCCAUCCAGCAGAGAGAAGGCAUGGCAUCAAUUGCUGUAGCAUCUCUUGAAACUGAGUUGAAAAGGACCAAGUCAGAGAUUGCCCUUGUACAGAUGAAAGAGAAAGAAGCAAGAGAAAAAGUGGUGGAGCUUCCCAAGCAAUUGCAAGAGGCUGCCCAAGAAGCCGAUCGGGCAAAAUCACUUGCACAAACAGCUCGUGAAGAGGUGAGAAAGGCAAAGGAAGAAGCAGAGCAAGCAAAGGCAGGAGCAAGUACUAUGGAAAGUAGACUACUUGCUGCUAAAAAGGAGAUAGAAGCUGCAAAAGCUUCUGAGAAGUUGGCGCUAGAAGCCAUCAGUGCUCUGCAAGAGAGUGAAUUAGCUCGAAGCACCAACGAUGAAGAUUCCCCAUCUGGAGUAACACUUUCUCUGGAAGAGUAUUAUGAUCUCAGCAAGCUGGCCCAUGAGGCAGAGGAGCAAGCUAAUAAGAGGGUGGUUGCUGCUAUCACCCAAAUCGAAGUAGCCAAGGAAUCAGAGCUGAGAAGUCUAAGCAGGCUGGAGGAGGUUAAUCGUGAGAUGACUACUAGUAAGGAAGCUCUGCAAAUUGCAAUGCAGAAGGAAGAGAAAGCCAAGGAAGGGAAGUUGGCAGUAGAGCAAGAGCUGAGGAAAUGGAGGGCUGAGCAUGGGCAAAGGCGGAAAGCUGGUGAAUCUCUUCCACUGAUAAACACUACAAGAAGCCCGACAACGAGUUUUGAGGAGAGUAAAGCAUCAAAAACCUAUGAGCGUGCACCAGAGGCUGCUUCACUACAUCAUAGGUCAAGCCCAAGAGCAUAUGAGCAAGCAAGUAAUACUGAAACUGAUACAUCUCCAGAAGUGAAGAUCCCAAAGAAAAAGAAGAGGUCCUUCUUCCCAAGGCUUUUGCUGUUUCUGGGAAGAAAGAAAGCACAGGCCAAGACAGCAUGAUGCGCUUUGUGGUUUUAGAGAAUCUCGUCAUUUUAUAUUAUUGUUCCUACGUUUUUCUGGUUGUUUGUCUUGGUUGAUGGAGUGUAAAUUCUCACUGCUUUUCUAUGUACGUCCCGAGCAUUAUAUAUUGUAAAAUAUCAAAAUACUUCUCUCACCUUUUGGAUUGCUGUUUAUAGAACAGAGUAGGGUUGUUAUAGGUUUGGCCACGGAGGUCAAUAAAGUGAUUCUGUAAGUAAAUCAUCCGCUGGUUCAACUGUUUAAUCCUGCUAGUUCUCAGAUUCUGAAAUAUUGGGUUUCUUGGCAGUAUGGGUUGUAUAAUUCAAGUAUUUGUGAGUCUUGCGUAUCA